AUGGCCCGACCCGAUAGGAAGGAUUGGAGUAUACGAUUUGAAGAUGCCUUAUGGGCAUAUAGAACGGCGUACAAGACGCCAAUCGGCAUGUCCCCUUAUCGUUUGGUAUUUGGGAAGCCAUGUCACCUCCCCGUCGAGUUCGAGCAUAGAGCAUUUUGGGCGGUCAAGCAAUGCAACAUGGACAUUGAGGAGGGAGGAAUUCAAAGAAAGUUGCAAUUACAAGAGUUGGAGGAGAUUCGCAAUGAAGCCUACGAGAAUGCGGUAAUCUAUAAGGAGAAAAAUAAGAUUUUCCAUAACCAACAGAUUUCUAGGAGAACAUUCGUUUGCGGGCAAAAAGUUCUACUGUAUCACUCCAAAUUGAAGCUAUUUCCAGUGGAGAUUCAGAGUCUAAGGACGGAGAAGAAAUUUGUGGUAAAUGGUCAUCGUCUUAAGCCAUAUUAUGAUGGGGCUCCAGUUGAACGGGUGGAGACGAUCCAGUUGGAGGACCCGAUUUGCUUGUUUUGA